UUGAACUCUACACGAAGCAAUCAAAUUGUAUAAAUCUGGCUGGUGGUAUGCCAAAUGCCGUCACGUUUCCCUUCAAUGAUAUUUCUAUGACAAUUAAAUAUGACAUCCCAAUAAAACUUAAUGAACAUGAAAUAUCCACAGCUUUACAAUAUGCACCUGCACAAGGUUAUGGGCCAUUAUUAGAAAAAUGGAGGGAAUUCCUGAAAACAUGGCAUACACCAAGACAUAAUGAUUGGAAUAUUGCAUUUACGAAUGGUUCUAUGGAUGGUUGCAGUAAAAUCUUUGAAAUGAUGAUCGAUGAGAAUGAUCCAGUUAUGCUUCAAGUGCCAACAUAUACGGGAAUAAUCGGAGCGUUGGCACCGUUAUUACCAGAUUUAAUAGAGAUUCAUCAAGAUGAUGAUGGAUUAAUUCCCGAAGAAAUUAGCAAAGAAUGUGAACGAAGACUUAAGGAUAAUAAACCAAUGCCAAAAUUACUUUACAUUAAUCCGACAGGAUCAAAUCCUACAGGCGCCGUCUUGUCGGAAAUCCGACGAAGGAAAGUGUACGAAUUGGCGCAGAAAUACAACUUCCUGAUUGUUGAAGAUGAUCCUUAUUGCUUCAUUCAUUUUCUGGAUAAACAGCCUACAUCAUUUUUCUCUCUCGAUACUGAUGGUCGUGUGAUUAGACUAGAUUCAUUUACUAAGAUUAUGAGUGCUGGAAUUCGCAUCGGUGUGAUGACAGCUCACAAAGAUAUUAUAGACAAGUUGCUUCUUCACAUAGGAAACUCUACUCUUCAGGCGUCAUCCUUAUCUCAAAUGUUUCUUUAUAAACUGUUCGAAAAUUGGAAACCGCAACAAUUUGAGCAGCAUUUCAAAGAUAUUCAAAAGUUUUACUGGGAGCGACGUGACAUGAUGCUGGCCAUGGUUGAGAAACAUUUAAAAGGUUUGGCAGAAUGGUAUCCACCGCAAGGUGGAUUUUUUUGGAUUAAAGUAACAGCCGUGGAUAACAUAUAUGAUUUAGUAAUCAACAAAUGCGUGCCUCAAGGUGUCUGUAUUGUUCCUGGAAAUGCUUUCAAUUAUGAUCCUUCAAAACACGAUUGUCACGUGAGGCUUAGCUAUAGUUAUUCUUCAUUAGAAGAAAUAGACAAGGGAUUAUCUAUACUGGCCAAAAUAAUACGUGAAGAAAUACCAAAAAAAAUAAUAUUAAAACAUAAGAAUUAUCAUGAGUAAUGUACAGAGUGGAGAUCAAUCGUUCGGGAGAUGAUUGAGAAUCCAAAAAUAAAA